AUGAAAACGGCCACAGCCACAGCGACCAAACCCACCGGUCCCAAAGUCCAACAGGGGCAAGGGCAAGGGCGCGGCGCGCGACCGCCGUCCCUGAUCCAGAAAUUCUCCACCUUCACACGCACAGCCGCAGGGCUCGAGAAGACCCUCCGUCUCAUCAACGCCACCUGCCAGAUCGCGGGUGCUUUGUCGGGUGAUGUCGUGACUGCUUCGCGGUGGGGGGCUGCGAGGGGGCAGUUGGCUUUGACAAGACGAUACUUCCGCUUCUUCAACGUUAUUGACUGUUUCGCUCGCGUGGCGGGUCUUCUCUCGGGAGACGGCGAGGCUGGGUCUGUGAUGGCCUUGCUGGAGAUGGCGCGGUGGACGUGUUUGGGGAUGUAUUUGCUGCUGGAAGAUGCUACUAUUCUCCACGCAACCAACAUCUACCCGGUCUCAUGGAACGCGCGCGUCACAACCGAGGCCUAUCGGUUCUGGUUCUGCGGGCUGGCGCUGUCCGUGUUAGGGUGUACGACCUACUUUGGCAAUUACCUCCCUACGCUGUUACGAUAUUACCUCACGACUUAA